CCACCGACGCAUGAGAGAAGAUACAGGGAGCAGCGAGUCUGGUAGCGGCCAUAACCACAAGCACCAAAAAAUAAGAUAAAAAAUAAAAAAAUAAAAAUCAUUCUCCUUCCGGCUGCCUCUCUGCUGGUAGCCGCUCGCUACUGCUGCUCUAUAUAUCAAUAAUAAUUCUAAUUGAUUUAUUAAAAAUCUAACAAAACGGAUAUCUAUAAGGAUAUUGAUUGGAGUACUGAUAAAAUGACCACCACUGGCGGCGUCGGCGUCGGCGUCGGUGCUGGUCGCUUUAUGGCUUACUCUCCGUCUCCAUCUGCUCCUCACUCGCCUCAUAUCUCUGGUCUUCGAUCAUCGGCAGCUUCCUCUGCUCUUGUUGUUGAGCAAGAAAAAUAUUUGUCGGAGUUGUUGGCAGAGCGUCACAAGAUUAGUCCCUUUUUGCCUGUGCUUCCUAAUACCUACCGGCUGUUGAACCAAGAAAUAUUGCGUGUAACUACGCUGUUGGGGAAUGCGUCAGUUUUAGGUCAAAGUGGGCUUGAACAUGCUAGCCCUCUGGCUUCUGGAGGAAUAUUUUCAAAUGGAGCAGCUGAUGCAAAUGGAUGGGCAUCACGGUUUCAAUCAGAAAUGUCAGGUAUUUUACAGCCCUCAUCAGCACAAAACUGGCUGAGCUCUCAAGGUAGCUCAUCUGGUCUUAUUGUUAAGAGAACCAUCAGAGUGGAUAUUCCUGUCGACAAAUAUCCUAAUUACAACUUCGUUGGGCGCCUUCUUGGUCCUAGGGGAAACUCCCUUAAGCGAGUGGAAGCAAGCACAGAGUGCCGUGUUCUGAUCAGAGGCCGUGGCAGCAUUAAGGAUCCAGCCAGGGAAGAUAUGAUGAGAGGGAAACCAGGGUAUGAGCAUCUAAAUGAACCUCUCCACAUCCUGGUUGAGGGUGAAUUGCCAGUUGAAAUAGUUGAUGCUCGACUAAUGCAGGCACGGGAGAUACUCGAAGACUUGUUGAGGCCCGUGGAUGAAUCUCAGGAUUACUACAAGAAGCAGCAGCUAAGAGAGCUAGCGUUGCUUAAUGGUACAUUUCGUGAGGAAGGUUCUCCCAUGUCAGGUUCCGUCUCCCCCUUUAACAACAGCCUUGGUAUGAAGAGGGCCAAGACGAGGGGGUAGUGGAUUCUUGAACAUAGCGGGCUCCUGGAGCUUGUUUACUAGUUCUCCCAGUGAUCAGCGGUUCUGACAGCACAGGUUCUCCUGUGUCAGCCAAUGCUCCCAACUGCCAUCGGGGCACUGGCACUGUCUGUGCCAGUUCUAACUUGUUUCUAUAUGAGGUGUGUUUUUAUCUUCUGUUUGGGGGGGAGGUUUAAUGGCGGUAUCGCAUAUUAAGGGACCGGUUCAGUUGCGGGGUUGUGGUUUUGUGCUUUGCUGCUUUAGGCAGUUUGGAAUCAAAGACCGCUAAUGUAUUAAAUUAAAAUUGGUCCGUACUAUAAGCUUGUGAUGACAGUUUUGAUGGUCGAUGGGAAAGUCAAGGUAUGGUUUGGAGUGUUGUGUACCCUUAAGAGGAGGCAAUACUCGAAUUUGUUGAAGGCAUUCUCUGCCGUCUCCAAUUUUAAGUGUA